AUGGGCAAAUCAGUAUCAAAAUUAUCGAAGGAUGAUUUACAAUCACUUAGACAAGCAACGUAUUUUGAUAAAAGAGAGUUACAACAGUGGUAUAAAGGGUUCUUGAGGGAUUGUCCGCUGGGACAAUUAUCAGAAGAGGAGUUUGCGAAGGUAUUCAAACAAUUUUUUCCAUUUGGAGAUCCAAGUGACUAUUGUCAUUAUUUAUUUCGGGUUUUUGAUGUUGAUAAUUCAAAAUAUAUUGAUUUCAAGGAAUUUAUUAUUGCAUUGUCUAUCACCAGUCGAGGGUCGCUAGAGCAGAAGUUGAAUUGGAGUUUUAAGCUUUACGAUUUUCGGAGAUGUGAGCAAUUAUCGUACAGUGAUGUAUUAACGAUUAUACGGGCUACAUACAAGAUGAUUGGAGCCAUGGUUGCAUUGCCAGAAGAUGAGAGGACACCAGAGCAACGAGCAGAUAAGCUUUUCCGUUAUUUGAAUAAAGACAAAGAUAGAGAUACAUUAAAUAAAGAUGACUUUAAGAAAUUACUGAAAUUUGACCCAUCAAUAGUGAACGCAUUGAAUUCGUACGAGGGUUUGGUCUAG